AUGAACGAAUUACAUAACAGAAAAGUUAUAAAUAGAGCACGAAAAGGAGAUUUACUAGAAUUUCUAAGAGGAUGGUACUUGCACUGGGCUGUCUAUGUAGGAAAUAAAGAGGUUGUGCAUUUAGCUGGUAUUGAUGAUGAUGGUGUAAAUGGAAACUCAAACCCUAGUCACGUCCUUUCCAUUUGUGGGAAGAAGUUCAACAAGGCUGUGGUCAAAAGGGAGAGUUUUUGGAAAGUGGUUCAGGAUUCCAAGGCAAAAAUCAACAAUGACAAGGAUAGGAAAUGCAGACCACGUCCCGCGCAUCAAAUCGCUGAAGAAGCUUUUAAGAAAAUAGGAGAAAUUGACUACAAUGUUUUUUGGAAGAAUUGUGAACAUUUUGCGGCCUUCUGUAGAUACGGAGUGAACUGGUCCGUGCAGGCUAACAAAGCUCUAGUUGUCAUUAUGUUGUCCGGAGCUGCUGUGAUGGUCGGUGGUAUAGUCAUGGAAGUUUCUGGUUGGAAAAAAGAAAGAAACUAG